AGAGUCAAAUGAAUUGUCGGAAACAGCAUUUGCAAUUUUUAGUGACUUUUUUUUUGUCUCGCUGUUCUUGUUUCUAUCAAAUUCGCCAUUAAAAAUUUCUGAUCAACAAUAACAUCUUAGCAGUACGAAAGAUGUCGAACUAUCACUGUCUAUUUAAUAGUAUUAAAAAAAAGAAAAUUUGGGGGUGGGGAGGGUACAACUUUACUGAGUAAUAAUACAAACGACCAGAAGAAAAAUGCAUUUUAAACAUUUCUGAGUCUUUCUUGUAAGUAUUAUUUCUAUGAAAUAUAGCUAACAAAAUCAGACGUCGAGAAAAAUCUAAUUUAAAACAUUCACUAAUCAUUCACUAAUCAUUCGUUUAACUAUUAUUACUGACUAAUGAUUUAUUAGCCAAUAAAAGCAGACGACGAGAAAGUGUAAUUCAGACAUUCUUGAAUCAUUCUUUUAGUUAUUAUUACUGCGUAAUGAUACAUUAGCCAAUAAAAGCAGACAAUAAGAAGAUGUAAUUCAAACAUUCCUGAAUUAUUCUUUUAACUAUCAUUACAGAGUAAUAACACAUAAGCCAACAACAAUGGCAUGAACACCAACAGCAGACGACAAUAUGUAAUUUAAUAAAAACAUGUAACUGUACGUUAGUGUUGUUAAGACACUGACUUAUUUUCUUCUAUGAUAAAUUUAUGGGUUUGAAUAAUAACGGCGGUGCCUUAGCAUGGCCGUAGCUCUCGAGCUGAAACUAGUAAAAGAGUAAUAAACAGCUUUGAAUGGAAGAUGAUGUAAAGCAAUAUGGUGGAAAAAGCAAAGAAUGAAAAUUCUACAUUGUCAAAUGAAAGCGUGGCACAGUACAAUCUGUACCGCCAAAUAACUAAAGAAUCACAGCAAAACGACGUUCUGAACACGAGCGUUUCUCAGUUCAACAACCGAGAAAAUAACACAUCACUCGUCCACGAUGACCUUCGCUUAAUAAAUUCAAACGACGAAAGCUUUCUUUGUAACAUAUCCUUGAAUCAAACUCUUUCCGAGGAAUUUUAUAUAUACUCACCCGACUGCGAUGGAUUUACUGAAUUUUCUACCAGUUCUUCAGAACUACCAGGCAUUCAUGUAGAACUAGAAAGGCAAUUCUGGGAACAGUGUUUGGUAUCUUUCGUUUUAGGUACAAUUGCUCUUAGUGCCGUUAUAGGCAAUGUCCUUAUAAUUCUAGCAGUGUGGAAAUAUCGCAGACUGCGAACAGUCACCAACUGUUUUGUAGUCUCUUUGGCAUCAGCCGAUCUUCUGGUUUCAAUAUUGGUUCUUCCGCUAAAUAUUACUGUUGAAGUAACUGGUCAGUGGUUGUUUAGUGGUUUACUUUGCGAUCUGUGGGUUUCCUGCGAUGUUCUCUUGUGUACCGCUUCUAUACUUAAUUUGUGUUGCAUCAGUCUCGACCGCUACUUUGCUAUAACCAAGCCAUUACUUUACUCAACUCGACGAAGCAAACGUCUGGCUAUUUUCAUGGUCGGGGUCGCAUGGGGACUGGCUGCCAUAAUAACUUGUCCUCCAAUACUUGGUUGGAAAGAAGAAGGUCGGGAUUUAGCUAACGGAUGUGCACUGACUCGUGACCCUGGUUAUAUCAUAUAUUCAGCCUCUGGAUCGUUCUUUAUACCUCUUUUUGUAAUGUUGUUUGUAUAUGCACGUAUUUAUCACGUUGCUCGCAAGAGAGAGAAACGUCUGCGUCCUUAUUGGCGUAGUUUUUUCAGCAGCCGACAGAAACGAUGCGAUAGUGACAAUUCUGAAAAUAUGUCUCCGACAACCGAAGCAACAACAACAAAACAUAUCCGAUCAAAUUCUUCGUUCAAAGCGGAACAUAAAAGCGAAACGUCUCCUUCGAAAAACAACAUCAGUAACAAAACGUUUUCGGUUGGUCAUAGCGAACGAAACAGUUCAUCUGUAAAUAACCAUUUGAGAACAAUGAAAGCAACGCGGGAAACGAAGCCCAUACGAAGGCCUACCGACAUGAAAGUUGUCAGUGAAAAUAUAACAAUAAAUCCGACAUGUCAAAACGAUAAGCCGGAAUUAUCAAAUAGCUCAGAAGAUUAUGAAAAACACCAUUUUCAAAUUGAAUUAUAUAAUGAGCGAGUCAGCCAUCCAUCUGCUGUCACGCCACUGUUGGAGUUCAUUGACGAUAAUUCAGAAGAGACGGUGCAUGGUAAGAACACAAGAGAUUCUGAUAUUGGUGCCGACGUAUCUUAUCGAGUGGACAAAUAUUUUUCGAAAAGACAUCAUUCUAGAAAAGCAGACGCUGAUGCUGUCACUUUUCAGAAAGCAAACAGAGCUGAACAGAAAUGUAAAUCCGUUGGUUCUACAAAGACCAAUACUUUAUACACAUCAGAAUUAAACCCUGCGCCUUCUUAUAACACCAAAAAAGAUAGGACAGUUUGUAAUAACAAACUAAACAACGAAGAGAAUGUAAACCCAAACAGCGAUCAAGUCCGACUCUCAGAGAAGGAACACAAUUACACAAGACUUUACCGACCCCACACACCCUCCAGCAAAUAUUCCAUUGGAUGCCAGUCUUCAAUGUCUGCAUCUAAUGACCAAUUAUCAAGGAAUGCCUCUACAAGAUACAAAAUCGGCCAUAUUCAUCGCUUCAAUCGAACAUUAAACCACGACACAAGUAAUAUGCGCCAACAGAAAGUUGAGCGGAGUUUUUACAUGAAAGAAAGAAAAACAGCCAAAACGUUAGCCAUUGUUGUGGGAUGUUUCAUCAUUUGCUGGUUGCCAUUUUUCUUAGUAUAUGUUAUUGAUGUAUUUUGCACGACAUGUAACAUCACCCCUACAUUAUUUUCAAUUAUUACGUGGUUGGGUUAUUUUAACUCUACCUUAAACCCGCUCAUUUACGCUAUGUAUAACACAACAUUCCGUACGGCAUUUUGGAAUUUAACUAUUGGUCUCUGCUGUGGUAAGUCUCGUCGGAAAUCUUCUGCUAUGAGAACAACAGCCGGAUAAAGAGAAGGCAAAGACGACGCAAAUAAAAUAAAAUUAAAUAUUAAAAAAUAUAAUAGACUGACAGAACAAACACAAGAGACGAAAGUAAAAUACAGUACCAGCCUUUAAUUACAAUGUAAAUGAAAUCUGCACUAUGUUGAGAUGUACCACCGAGUUGGUGUUAUCUGAGGUAGACAUUAUGAAAUGUGAACAAAUAGAGGAUAUACACCUCGUAGCAGAUAUCUUAUUCAGCCAUCAAUAAAACAAUGUUUACAUAGAUACAUUUUAUGUUGCAUCAUACAAAUAAACCGGCGACAUAUAACGUAAGCAUCUUUUUAUUUCCAUGUCAAAAAGAUUUUCCAUGUAAACCUCAAAGGAUGAGACACAAAAAUCAACGCAAUUCUGUUUCUUUUCUUUUUUUUUACAUUGUAACAAGAAACACCUAACAAGGAAAAUACUGGCACUACCUUUAAUUAAUUAAUUAAUUAAUUAAUUAAUUUGUUUGUUUAUUUAUUUACUUAUUUAUUUAUCUAUUUAUUGAAUCAAAUGAUGGAUUUUAUGUUCUCUCGCACAAACAAAAAAAAAACAAUGAUCUAAGUUUUUAAUUUUGUAAAACCGCACAAAUGACCGGUGCAUGACAAUUUGUUGUUUUCUUUUUCUCACUCGAUGUAGAAGAAAUAUUUCUAUUUCAUGUAACUAUGUGCAGUAAAAAGACCAACCGACAACAUUUAUAAUUGGAAUUAUCAUUAUUAUUAUCA